AUGGUUUAUGAACUGGAGUUUUGUUUAUCGCUUUCCUUGUCUGCCGAUCUGUGUCUCGCUUUCCACCCGCAUUCUACCUCAUCUGCUCCUGCGUUGCUCGCGGAAUUAACUGUUUGCCCUGUUGUUGUUGUCGUCCGUCGUCUCGCUUUCAUUACUUGUCCGACACUUCCGUUAAGUAGGGCACCAAGAACCGCGCAAAUCAUCACUGAACUUUACGCUACCUAAUU